AUGCAAAAGCGUAAAGGAAUUUAUACACUUGAACAAAGGUUACGCUUGAAAAAAAGAUUAGCUUCUAUUAUAAUCGAAGAACAAUUAAACUAUCGAAAAAUAAUAAAAAAAACAAGAUUGGUGCGACCGUGGAUGAACGCUCCAGCCCUAUGA